AUGCCGCGUUGCUGUGGAGCUUGUUUCAAUUUUUGUAAAGAAUUUCAAGCAUUUGCCUUACGAGGCAAUAUGUUUGAUUUAGCAAUUGGACUUGUUGUUGGUACAGCGUUUACAAAUGUUGUUCAAUCACUUGUUAACGAUAUAAUAACUCCACCACUUGGUUUACUUAUAGGUGGUGUUGAUUUUGUUAAUUUAACAGUUUCAAUUCCAAAUUUUGUUUAUACCAGUCAACCUCCUGUUGUCAUUCGUUAUGGGAAAUUUCUUCAAACAAUAAUUUAUUUAAUUAUUGUGGCAUUCGUAUUAUUUUUUAUCAUUAAAUUAGUGAACAAAUUACAUAAAAUAGCAUUAAAAAAGAAGGUUGCUGUAGAAGUAGUUGCUGCCAAAGUAUACAGUGAUGAAGUUAAAGCUUUACAUGAAAUUCGUGAUUUAUUAGCUCGUAAAACGAUUCAAAUUCAAGAUCUCUAA